GGUAUGAGUGCGUCACGGCAGAAUCCCCUCAAUGGGCAUCCGUAAGCAACCAAACUCGAGGGAAAGCCAGAAAGCCAUAGCUCCCUGUCCAACGUCCACAGCAAAGUGGGUUUUCCGUCCGCAUCCCGCAUCCCACGUCGUCCCCGCCGCGAUAUAAAGUAUCGCUCUCCCCCCAUUAUCAUCCUCCUCCGUGUCGUCAUGUCCAUCCCCAGCCGUAACGCCCUCCUCCGUCUCCCUCCCACGAUACCACGUCGCGUCCUCUCCCACAGCCAAACGCUCCCACGCUCUCGUCCACCUCAUCCGUUUGCACGCCACCCAGCAAGAACCCUCACGACGACCCCGCUCGCCCCCGCCGUCAAGAUGGCAUCAUCAUCAUCGGCACAGCCCACAAAACCAACAUCAACAACCGCCAAAAUCGAGGGCGGCGCCCAGGCCCAGCGUAACCCGCAUCCGGACUUCAAGUCCAUCGAGGCCGCCCGCCCAGACUUCGACGCCUCCCUCGGCGUCCGCUUCACAAAGACCGUCGACCCGGACUGGAAAUACGGCUCCGGCGCAAACGCCCUCGGCCGCUCCGACGCCGCCCACGUCGCCAUCGACCCCCACGAGGAGGGCCGCCCCGCCGGUUUCAACUAUAAGCUCCUCAUCAGCGGCGUCGUCCCCCGCCCCAUCGCCUUCCUCUCUACUCGCUCCGCUGACGGCACCACCACGAACCUCGCGCCUUUCAGCUACUUUAACAUGGUCAACCACGACCCGCCCCUCUUCGUCGUCGGCUUCUCCGCGUCCGUCGACAGGCCCAAAGACUCGCUGCGCAACCUGCUGGAGUCGCGCGAGUGCGUCAUCAACAUCAUCGGCGAGGGCUUCCUCGAGGCCGCCAACUCCACGAGCGUCAACGCCCCUUACGGCCGCAGCGAGUGGGACGUCAGUGGCCUUACCCCCGUCUACGACUGCAAGCACGUCCGCGCCGCUCGUGUCAAGGAGGCCGUCUUCAGCGUCGAGGGCACUCUCGACUUCUACAAGGAGUACGACUCCAAGGCGACCCCCGGCAAGAAAAGCGGCGUUGUCGCCUUCAUCGAGGGCGUCAACUUUUGGGUACGCGAGGACGCCAUCAACGACCAGAGAAACAUUAUCGACCCAGCCGUCCUUCGCCCCGUCAGCAGAUUAGGCGGCAUCACCUACGGACGCACCAACGAGGUCCUGGAGCUUCCGAGGGCCGACUGGGAAAAGGACAUUGGCGGCGACGAGGGCUGGGAGAACGUCACAAAAGGUGGGCAGUAGGCAUCUAGACAACUAGCGUGACCAUAGAUGGGAACGGGAGAAAUAGAGAUACAGAGAGAGAGAGAGGGAGACGGUAAGCCUUGCAGUCGGACUCAUCAGGCCUGCAUAUCAUUAGAACACGAGCGCAACGACGGCCGUGGCAAUUGUAUUUGGAGAUCAACACGCGGCAACCCUUUCAUAGCCAGGGCGUCCGACAGGAUAUAUAGAAAGCGGGAGAUGUGCGCCAAAAAGCGAAAGAAGGAAGGGGGAAAAACAAGACAAAAACACAACGGUAUAUCAUCAAACUAUGCCUCUCCUUGGACAAAACACGCCCUUCCAAACUCCACGAUAUUACAAACCGCCGACCGCCUUUCAUGCUCGACUUGUGCGUUUAGAGUCGCCUACAUAUAUAUCACAAUAUAUAUAUCACAAUAUAUCAAAGUCGUGUGCUCGUUGCAAGUUGUCGGAAUCUUGCCUUUACAGAUAGAGGCUUUGCCCUGGCGCGGAAAUGAUGAAUUCGCAGCCCAGCUGGGCUUCCUCCUCGUACGCCUCGAGCUCCUGCAAAAUAACUUUUCCUUGGUCACGCCCAUCCAGCCGAUCCUUGACGUGGAUGAUGACCACCUUGACGCCCUUCAGUGGCGGAUUUCUAGAGUGACCGUCCUCAUUGUCGCUCCACCCCUCGGCCUCUCGCAGGGACAGCUCCUUGGUUGGCGUCGUGAGAUUCGGGCUCUCUACCGAAGUCGCGGCCGGCGGUAAUGGUGGUACGUGGCCAAUGUCCGCCGAGAGCUGCCGCUUGGCUACCGACUUGGGGCUGACAGGGGAUUCGUCGCCUCCCGCAAGACGUGAGAAGACGCCCCCCGUGCGUCUCCGCGGGAUCGUGUCAGGGUCAGCUACACGUUUGCGCUUCCGGGAGAGAUGGGCGACGUGUCGUGCGGAUUCCACCUCUUGGGCUAGGGUUCGCAUCUCUUCCAUCACAAAGCAUGGCUUUAGGUGGCCGAAGAGACGGUCGAUCGAGUGUGAGUCGUCGUAUGAGCAUUCAAUGAAGAUGGCGGCAAGCUGCCCUGCCGCAAUCUUGGGCGCAGCCUCCUGCCAUAUCCCCAGGUUGCGGGGGGAGAGCGACAAGGAAUCGGGCUCGACGUCGCCAAAGACCAAUAUCUCGAGGUUCGUGGCCAGAUCGAGGAUGAAGUAGGCCGACGACUCGUAGACGCAUAUGCUUGCUUGCGGCUCAGGUGCGACGGAUGCCGCCCGGGGGACCGGCAUUGUGCUCGGCGCGACACCGUGAGGCAGUAUGCGCGGUGACGCGACCGAGGCGGCAUCAACAGAAGGGUAACGCAGAGGCGUCGCAGUGGACGAGGCAGAGCCACGGUGAGGGUGUUUCUCCAUGCAGUGGCCGUGAGACACCGACCACGCCUUGACGGCGAGACGGUCGGCGAUCUCUAGAUAGCCCUUGGAUUCGCCCUCGCCAGUGGCGGGUGACCCGCCCUCGACGAGGCGAGUAUACGUCACGAUGCCCGCACCAUUGUUCUCAUCUGAGAGAUUGGGCCAGAUGACGUUGUUGAAAAUGUGAGUUUUGAAAGCAUUGAUGGUGUUGGGAAGAGCAGCAAGCCUCUUGGGUCGCGUGAGGCCUGCCGUGUUGACGACGAAGCCCGAGAUGUGGUCCAGGUGAGGAUGCGUUAUUAGAUAGGUGUCGAUGAGAGAGCGGGUGAUGUGAGCAGCGAUAGACGAUGGGUAGAUCGACGUCGUGUCUGACCUGAGCUCGAGGCCAGCGAAUGGCCCCGAUGUGAGCGUGUGGGGGAGCGGUACAUCACCACCAAGGCCCGACGGCACGGAGGUCUCGAGGAUACGCGUAAUGGCGGAAAGGUGAACGCCGGCGUCUACUGCAAUGAUGGAGCCUUUUGUCCACCCCGAGGCGACCGAGCGGACGAGAAGGGCGGUGGUGUUGUAUUCCUGGGGACCGCCGCCGGCACCCUGGGAGAACGAGUGGGUUAGCGGAGAUGCACACAGGAUAAUGGGACACACUCUGAUGCGACUUCGCGGUAAACAGUCGAUCCGGCCAUCUGUAAUGCGAUUGAUCCAUCCCACAAAAGUGACGGCGCGUCUUCGUGUUCAGAAGGGGGAGGGGGGCUAGGAUCUGAGGGAGAAGUUGCUGGGCUUUCAACUGCCUGUUCGGUCGCAAAACUGCACUCGCAGGCAGAGAUUCUAAGGGUGCACAAUCGGCUGCAGCAUGACCUAGCUGCCUAAUCGGUGCGAUUGGCAGCCCCGAUAUAGACAUCUGCAUGAACCACAGGAUGAUGUGCCGCCUGGCCGGGUCCGGAUAGUAUCAUGGAAGUAGUUGCCUCAUCCGCGUGUGUAUGUAAUAAGGUGAGGCUACUCGCCAUCGGUGACGGCAGAGCUUGGAAUCGAGCAGUCAAGGGAGAAGCGGUAAAAGCGAUAGGAAACAACAGGGCAGAACGGGAAAGUGCUUCGAGUAUGAUGAGGGUAGACGUACCAGGACGAUGACCUGCAAGGCUGGACGAUGGGCAUCGUCCGACUCCCCAUUCGUGUCUUCCAUGAAGGGCUAGAGGUUCCGCUUCCCGGGGAUGCAGGGCAGCAGCGUUGCUCGAUGAGCGCCGAUGGGUUCGGAAUAAUGUUCCGGAUGCCUACAACACAGCCAACGCCCCCUUUACAAAGCCGUGGCCAGAACCACUACACGGCAGACACGGGAAUCCAAGAGGGGUUGACGAGGCGCGAGGCAGACGAAGGCGGAACGGCGCAAAUAGGGUUAACAUGCGAUUCUCGUUGCGCACGUCGCGCGAAAGAAGACAAUGCCGGAUGCACGCCGCUGAGAUCGAUAUUUGCAGGAACCUGGAGAUCUGGUAUGUGAACUGUGACCGAGACUGCCGGUAGGGUGUGUUGCCGGCGGGUGGGCGGUUGGCGCACGAUGGCAAUAAGGGAACUGGCCUGAGCGAGUUAUCCAAAAGACGAUGGCGGCGCAAGUUCAAGAGAUGAUUUGAGUGAGAAUAUCGAAUGAGUAAAAGGUACGUAUGUGUGUGAGUGCGCGUGUGCGCGGGGGUAGAGAGUAUGUGUGUGUAUGUGUGUGUUUUUGCGCAAGUGACAAUGGAUGAGAGCAAUGAGAGUAAAGUGAGUGAGUGAGUGAGAGAAAUAGAGAGGUAGGGGGAGAGAGCGUAUGAGAGAGAUACAGUUUGGGGUCUUGAUGGAUCGUAAAAACAGGGUUGGGGCUACCAAUGUUUGCGCGAGCUCAAUUGCAGAGUUCUCUCUCCGUUUUCUAUUGCUUUUUUCUUGUUCUUCUGAAUAGCCUUGGUUCAGAUGCUCCAACAAGGUCUUUUCGGGCUCAAGUAGGCGAAGAGCGAUGGAUGGACUGGGGAUGGUGAGAUGUGAUGUAGUGUACGGCUUCCCCGAAGGCUCGACGGGAUAGGUGGGUACGACGAGGACUCCAACCGGCGUGUGUAGGGUAUUGAUUGGCGAAGUGGAGGCCGUGUCUAGAUGCGGAACGAUUGAUGAAGGGAUGUGUGUAACCUGUAACUGCUUGCUGGGUUGUGUUUAAGUCCGAUGGAGCGCGUUUUUGAAUGGCCUUGCUUGGGGUCCGGGGGUGGUGGUGGAGGGGGAAGAGGAAGAGGAAGAGGGCCUCG